AUGAAGUUACCAAGCUUCAAGCCUCGGCCAUUCCAUCUCCGGCUCCAUGGAGAGUCAUCGGUCUGGAUCAACGAUGACAUUCGACCGCUACCUCCUUCGCGACGCCUCUGGGACACCUGGGCCUAUAUAUCAUUCUGGGCCAUCAACCAGAUCUGCAUCAGUAACUGGCAAAUCGGUUCAUCCUUGAUUGCCGUCGGCCUCUCAGUGUGGCAGACAAUGAUCGCAGUCAUCAUCGGCAAACUCAUCAUUGCCGGAGUCGCAAUCUGCAACGGUAUGAUCGGUGCGACGUGGCACGUCGGAUUUCCAGUCCUCUCUCGAGGCAUUUGGGGUGUCUGGGGUGCCUACCUCAUCAUCCUCCAGCGGAUCGUCCUGAGUCUGACGUGGUUCUGUGUGCAAUCCUGGACCGGUGGUCUUUGCGUGACCGCAGUGCUGAGCUCCAUCUUCCCCUCCUUCCAGCACAUGAAGAACACACUUCCCGCAUCUGCAAACACGACAACGAAGAUGUUGACCGGGUGGAUAGUGUACAACAUCAUAACGAUACCCAUGCUCUACAUCCCUCCCGAGAAGACAAGGCGUCUACUCUUCGUCAUGAACUCUAUCUCUGUUGUCACACUCAUCUCGAUGAUGAUUUAUCUUCUUUCCGAGGCUGGCGGCGGCGGCCCGCUCUUAUCGGCACCUGCGCAGGCGCAGUCAGGCAGUCAGUUAGGAUGGGCCAUUGUAUCUGGCAUCACGACAGUCAUCGGAGGUAUUGCUGUCGGGCUCACGAACCAAGCCGACUAUUCCCGAUUUGCGCGCAGGCCAGGGGAUCAAAUAUUUGGCCAAUGGUUCUCUAUCCUCACACUGGGAACAAUCAUGCCCUUGUUCGGCUGCCUGGCGAGCUCGGCGUCCGUUCAGCUCUACGGCACGGCCUAUUGGAACCCGCCUGAUCUUUUCCUCUAUUGGCUUGAUAACGACUACAAUGCAAAGUCGCGUGCCGCAGCCUUCUUCGGCGGUUGUGGCCUCGUGGUUUGCCAGCUGGCUAUUAACACGAUCGACAAUGCCUUCUCUGCUGGCAUGGACCUUGCCGGGCUAUUCCCCAAAUUUUUCAACAUCAGGCGAGGAUCCUACUUGGCUUUGAUCAUCUCGAUCGCCAUGUGCCCAUGGGAAUUACUUUCGUCAGCUGGGACUUUUAUUAGCGUUAUGGGCGCUUAUUCGGUGUUCCUCGGGCCCAUGUGCGGCAUCCAGAUCUGCGAUUACUUCAUUGUCCGUUCCCGAAAGGUCAAGUUGUCAGACCUAUAUACGCCCUCUCCGUCGGGUAUCUACUACUACUUCCGCGGCGUCAAUCCUCGUGCGUUUGCCGCUUGGGUUUGUGGCUGGGCCCCACAGCUGCCCGGUUUCAUCAACAACGUCAACAAGAGCAUUUCCGUCCCAACCGCGAGUAAACACAUGUUCAGCCUUGCAUUCCCACUGGGAUUUGCGAUCAGCUUCACCCUGUAUUAUGGCCUGAACAAGGCGUUUCCACCCAAAGGCCUCGGUGCAUAUGACGACGUCGACUACUUCGGUACCUUCUCCAAAGACGAGGGUUCCAAGCUUGGUGUAUCUCUGCCGGAGGAGACGGAUUCUGAAGAAAAGGAAGGACACUUCAAAUAUGCUUCGGAUUCGAAGACCGCAGAGGGAGAGGUCACCACCGCGUGA